AUGUCACCUACAAAACACAACAUUCUUUUCCUCACAAGUCCCGAGCAUGGACAGUCCAACGUCGCAGUUGCAGUAGCCGAAGAGUUUCUGCGCCGUGGCGAGUUCGAAGUCCACAUCGCCUCGUUCAAAGACUUAUCGGCUCGUGUGCAAGCGAUAAAUGAUCAAGCGGGCUACGACCAAGUCAUACACUUUCAUCCAAUUUCAGGACCGUGCAUGACUGAGAUCGUGACCCGUACAACACCGGAUAUAUGUCACCUGCCAGGGCUUGCCGGAACCCAUGAUGCAUGUAACAUAAUCAACGUCUCCGUACUGGGAUGGAAGCCUGCCGAGUAUAUAGGGUCAUUCCGAAGCUGUCUCGAAAUUUUGAAAGAUGUUCGUCCGGUCGUCGUGGUUGCAGAUCCACUGUUGCAUCUAGGACUAGAUGCUGCUCGCAGUAUUGACACACGAAUAGUGAUACUUUGGCCUGUGCCUUUGAAAGAUAUUGUGGUAACUAUCCAACCGAAAGCUGGAAUUCUUUGGAAAUACCCUCUGUGGGCAAUUCUAUCUUAUAGGCAGAGUUUGAGGAUCUCGCUGACUCGAAUCUUUAGCACCGGAUCUGGAUAUCCAUAUCCCCUACCAUGGAAUCUCAUCCUUGCAAAUAUAUACAUGGUAUUUUGCUUUGAAUUUAUUGUUCGAUGGGGGAAAUCUUUGCGCAAUCUUCUGGACAUUCGAAAGAAAGCAGGAAUUCGGACUGUAUUUCCCCACGUGGCGCCUUACUGUGAAGACCAUCUGCACCUUUCACCUUCAUUCCGAGAGAUGGAUUACCCGUUAUACGUCCCGGAUAAUGUCAUCAGCUGCGGCCCGAUCCUCCGGUUAUCUCCGUCACUUCUAAAAAGCGAUGAAGCACUAGAUUCAUGGUUAAAGGAGCCAACAAUUUUGAUAUGUCUUGGAUCGCAUGUUCAGGCUCCAGAGAAUGAUACAAUGGAGAUGACGAUGGCAAUACAGACUGUUUUGCUCGAAUUUCCUAACAUGCAGGUCUUGUGGAAGCUCAAAUAUGACUGGGAAAGUUCCCCGACGGUCAAGACUAUUCUCGGACCUCUUGUCAACUCUGAUAAAGUGAGGGUUGUUAAAUGGAUCCAGCCAGAGAUUAUAUCUCUUUUGGAAGGCGGUAAUAUAGUUGCAUAUGUCCACCAUGGAGGAGCCAACUCAUUUUUCGAAGCAUGCAAGGCUGGUAUUCCGCAGGUCAUUCUGCCCCAGUGGUUCGACACAUACGAUUGUCCGGCCCGAGUAGAGUGGCUAGGUAUUGGCUUACACGGAAGCCGCAAAGUGGCACCGAAGAUAAAUGGAUCAGAACUAUCUUCGGCCCUAUUGCGAGUGCUGAAGGAUAAGGAGAUUCAGACGCGGGCUAAGGCGAUUGGAGAUUUGUGCGAGACAACAGAAGGACGUGUAGUUGCUCAUGAUCAUAUCGUACAGUACAUCCAGAAAGAGAUGUGA